UACAACCAUGGUGGUUACAACUCCACCUCAGCUGAUUUUACGAGUCUGCGCAAUCGUCGUCAGAGCGCGUUGUGGUCUCACUGGGAAGGCUAUAGCGGAUGGGAACAAGAGAAAUGGACCGUGAGACCAAACAGUAAACCACUCCAAGUGGGGUCGUGGAGUCCUGGUGGAGUCUACUGCUGAAGAUUGACUGGAGAGCGUUGGUACAAGCAGCUAGUAGUAUUGUAGCAAUCAUGAGCCAGGUUAUGUGUUUGCAACAAUGGGUUCUAGAAUAAGAGAAAAUGUCAAGCAGAUAUUUCAUUGUUUUUGCGAGGUAUCCUGUCCUCGACCGGGGGAAGAUCAUGCAAGAAUAAUUGAUAAAUUCCCUGAUGACUAUCAAGAGGAAGAAGUAUUGAAAUCAAUUUCUAAAUUCACAUAUCCAUGUGAAUUUGAACACACUGCCAUUCAGCAUUAUUCAUUUGUAUUUACUAAUGAGGAUUCUAAAUGGACUUUUGGGUUUUGCCGUCAUGAUCCUAAGACAGAUGCAGCUUUUGUUUUUCUAAGUUCUCUUCCAUGGCAUGACACAUUUUACAAAUUACUCAACCAGAUCUCAGAGGUGUCACAGUCAUAUAAUCCAGUAGAACAGAGAAAGUAUUUUCUUGAAGCCCUUUACAUAUGUGACAUCCCAACCAAUGGUACUUUAGUCAUUCCUUGGAAUGGUCAACAGACAUUUGUUAGUCGCUGUCCGAAUGUAAGUGAAUUGCCCAGUAUUCCUGAAAAUAGAAAUCUGACUGAAUAUUAUAGUGCUGCCGAUGCACACAAUAUGGCAGCAAUAUUUGCUUCGUUACUGCAUGAAAGGAGAAUAGUCUUUGUCUCUCGACGAUUGCCUCGUCUGUCAGCUUGUGUACAGGCAGCUGCAUCAUUACUCUAUCCAAUGCAUUGGCAGCAUGUUUUCAUCCCCGUGUUGCCCCAUCCUCUUGUGGACUAUCUUCUAGCUCCAAUGCCUUUUCUAAUUGGUGCUCCUGUUCCUGUCUUCCAAAGUAUAAAUAGAAGUGAUUUGGCUGAAGUAGUAGUUUUUGAUGCUGAUACAAAUACACUACAGUCUCCAUUUGAUGACCUUCAAAAUUUGCCAGCUGAUGUGGUGUCUAGUCUGCGUCGAGAGCUGCGUUCACAAGCCAUGCUGGGUGAUGGCAUGGCUCGGGCCUUCAUUAGGGCAUUGGUAAUGCUUAUUGGAGGAUAUAGAGAUGCUUUGCGAUUUCAUCCUGGGCAGCGUAUUACUUUCCACUCAGAUGCAUUUGUAGAAUCAAGGCCGUCACCAGUUCAACCCUUUUUGCGUAAAGUACUUCAGUUACAAUUAUUUCAGCAGUUUAUUGAAGAAAGGCUUGAAAUGCUCAAUGGUGGUCUUGGUUUCUCUGAUGAAUUUGAAAAAGAAAUUUGCCUCUACUCGGGUCGAAGUAGUUCCCGCCUUCGCCAACAGUACAAAGAAUGGAAACGCACAGUGCGACGUGAGGGUACAGCCUUCUUCAAGACAAUGCGCAACAAGGCAAAUCCUGCUAUGAAGUCAGCUGUCAAAACUGUAAGUGUGGCACUUGUAUUGUGCAUGUGUUCUGUGAUGCCUUGUAGUUUUUAUGAGAAAGGAGUAAAUAAUGUUGAAUAUUUCACUAUUACCAUCAUCCUUUCCUAAUCUCUUUAGCAAAAAUGCAACAGCUUUUAAGUGCUUUAAAACACAGGUGGUGAGUGCAUGGUAAAAAAUUUUGCGUGCUUGUAAACAAAAGCUCAUAACCGAAUUAAGUUGUUUGGUACAUCGUUUGGUGAUAUUAAUGGAUUCUGGACACAAUAUGCCACUCUUUGGCAUGUAAUAAAAUCUUGUAAGGAAUUAUCAUACUUGAGCUGCAGUGAAUAAAAUGUAUUAAUAGUGCCUUCCUUUCCUGAAAUAUUUAAUUUCCUCCCCUGACCUGUAAUGACUUUAUCAAGUAUUAUAGCUGUAAUUAGGAAUGUGGAUGCACAUUGCACUGAUGCUUCAUCAUUAACUCUCAGCAUUGGCUUUGCAUGUUCAUUACCUUUAUCAAUGAGCACUGCAUGUAUUGCAUUUUGCACACAUCAGGUUCGUGAACAUGGAAGAGAAGUGCGUGCAGCGUGUAAAGACAUCCGAUCUCGCUUGCGAGAUUCACAGCUUGAGAAGAAAAGUACAGCAGAUACAAAUCCUCCCCGGCCCCGUCCUCGCCUCAAAGCCACUGCCUCCUACAAAAGAAGGUGAGUAUGUAUUUUUACUUCAGUCUGCUUGAGAAGUUAUAUUUAAAUUAACAAUUGCAGAGAAUUUUAAGGUAAUAUCAUUGCUACUUAUUCAGGUAAUGUCUAGAUAUUGUCUGCAAUAUUUCAGAUGUAGGCUCAGAGCUUUGAAGUGUCUUAAGCAGCUUAAAUUUUGCGUUAUCACCAUACACUUUUUUUUGCUGAUAAGUAUUUGCUGUUGCAAAUGAUCCUAAAAUAUUGUGUGUGGUGUGGGUGAAUUCUAGUAUUAGAUGGAAUAAUCAAUCGUGAGCUAUUAAAUAAUUUAUGAUAUUCAGCAUGCAUUUUCUUUGUCUUUUUAUAUCUUUGAUGACUGAAAAACAAUUACAGAAAUUUGAAGUUUUAUUAUUGCUUUCAUAGUAAACAUGAAACGUUUAUGAACAAUAUAUAAUCAAAUUCAUCACCUUUUUUAAAAUGUAUUAUAAAAUGUCAACAAGAGCACAAUUCAGUUUAUUGGUCUCAGUCAUCUUCACUGUUUUAUCAUUGAAACUGACAUUGUUUUGUAGAAUCUGAACUGAGUGACUAGUGCUUGACUGAUGUCUCACUUUAGGGGUGUACAAAACUCUUUUUGAAUUUUCAUAUUCAUGUAAUUUUCAUGACAGAACGCAACUUUGAAAUCUUAUACAUGCAGUAUUUAUUUGAAAUGUUACACUAGUUGACCUGUAUUUCCUUUCUUGAAUAUUGAAUACAUUUAUCAAUUCAUUGAUGAUAUUAGAGGUACAGACAUUUAGUAUAAACCAGUAGAUAUUUAGCGUUCUUUUCACUUUAGGUAUUUGUUUCAAAUUUCUGGAUUUUAUUUUCUCACUUCUUUUCAUAAUGAAAUGUAACAUGUAUUAUUAUCUUUCUGUUUUCUUAAUCCAUCCAAACCUUAAUUUAUUGCUUAUAAGCAAAUGAAAAUGUAGCAUUAAAAUGCAAGUUGGCCCUAAUGCAAAAGAAGCAGAACAAGAGGUUUCAGACGGUGUGAUUCCUGUAAUGUAAUAGGAAAUUAUUAUUGCACAUCCAUCGUCAGUUUUUUGCAAUUUAUUCAGAAUACAAAGGUAUUUUUGUUCUCCAGCAUGCAAAUACUUAAUGUAAUCUGUGGGUAAGCAGUGUACUUCCAUCUUUUUGUGAAACUAAGGUAAAUGUUCUUCAUCUAUUAUAUAACCUGAAAUAAGGUUCUGUUUUAAAUCCUCUGAAAUGAAGAAGCAAGGGGUUAAUGAGAUAUCUAAUACAUGCCGUGACUUUUUAUUGUCUUGUAAUUAUUUACUUUAAAGCCUUUUUCUUAGUUUCGUAUCAUCUUUGGGAGACGAGAAAUGUUCUCUGUAUGUAUGUGUGUGUGUGUGUGUUAAAACACGUGACAUUUGUUUUAUGUAACUGCACUGUGGGGUGUUGUAGGCCUCUGCAUGUCACAAAAGCAGAGAGCCGCACCAGGAGUGAAAGUGCACCAGCAGCACCAGGAGCACCCCCAAUACCACCUGCACGAAGUUACCGACACAUUCCUGCACUUGACCACCAGGUGGCGGCUGCGAUGGCGUUGGCGGGGUCGUCGUCUUCCUCCGUGGCGACGUCGGCGGGGCCGGAGGAGACGCCGGCGCCGGCAGCCGGAAGCAGCUCGUCGUCCCUGACGGCGCCGUCGGCGGGCGGGCGCAGCGCGCGGAGCAGCGACGCCGAGGAGCUCCUGCGCGAGUACGGACUGGACUUCAGUGCGUUGCGGCUGCGCGCGGGGGCGGCCACGCCGGACGACGUCCCGUCGCUGCCGCCCACGCCGCCGUCGACGUCGCCGCCCUCGUCGCUGCCUCCCACACCCCCCGCCACGUCCCCGCCGCGCACGCCACCGCUUCCCGCGAGGCCCGGUGGCUAGCCUCUCCCCGCUCCGGCUUGUACCCGCCACGCCUGUCAGUAUUAGCGUCUCGCGGCCCACCCUCGCCGCCGCCGCCGCCGCCGCCGCCGCCGCCCCCGGCUCUCGGCCAAGUACGCGCGCACGUUAUUCCAUGCAUGUUUUUAUUCCUACCUCCGCGCGCUGCUGCCAUGCGUUUGAGCCUUCCUACACGCCGAGACCUCAGCGGCGUCUCGAUGGUGCGAUCACUGUCGUCAGCCAGCGCGUAGAUACUAAGUAAUGUCGAAAGUAGGGUUUGCUGUGCCUUACGAAUUCGACGUAUAAGCUUCCUCCCAGUGUAUGGAAUGUUGAAUUGUAGAAGAUGAAGUUACUACAGUUUUUUCACAUUUAGUGAACCGUUGCCACUGAGCGGAAUAUAGUAUUUAUAUAGUGUAGAGAUUUCUACAAGGAUGGCUUCCGGUUGGUGAGGCGUAAUGAAUUUGGUUAGUAUCAAUAUUAAUAAAAAAUUGUAAUUUUCAUUUGAAGUGAUAUUUCAUUGUUUCAUGUGAUAUUUAUUGUAUUAGUUCAAAUUACUUUUUAUUGCAUAGAAUCCAUUUGGUCGAGUUUUAUGAGAGAUAUUGAAAAGACACAAAAACUUAUCAUUGUUUGUGAGGGAAAUAUUUGGAGGAGAAAGUUGGUGCACUAUACAAAAAUCUUUAAGGUGUUAUGAGGAUUAUGAUGUGAUAAGACAAAAUAGUAUUUUCAAAAAAUGAAGAAGUGCCUUAAACUUUGUUUUUAGCACUACCAAGAAAUUUAUUGUCUCUAAUGUUUGUUUAGUUUGGAGGGAAAUGUGAAGUACAGAGUCGGUGUAGAAGCUGAGCCUAGUCUAUUUAAUUUUUAUAAUGAACUGUGUAUAUAGUAUGUGAUAGUCAGUUUUCUGGGAACUUAAUACAAAGUAAAACACAUUUGUUCAUAAAAAAAGUUCUCCAAUAUAAGAAGUAAAUCAAUGAGGAAAUAAAUUUAUUGAUGAAAGUACCAUUUGGCCUGAAAAUAAACCGCAUAUUUUAUCCAAACUUUGAAUGGAAAGGUCAGGUGUGUUCACAAAGAUCACAACCUUACAAAAAUUGGCUUUUACAUUAUUCAUCUCAGAUAUGCUGUUCCAAAUAAUGCUAAUUUCUAAUUUUUAACUCUACCCUUACACUUGUAACUUCAUUCUGUGGUCUUAAAAGCUACUCGCAUUUUAAAAGAAAUAGGUAGUAUUUCAUGUGUUCAUAACUUUAAAGUGAUAUAAUAAACAUUAUAAUAUCCUACAUAUUAUUAAUAUUUAUUCCUCUACUUAUAAGGUAACUUCAUCUUGUGGUGUUAUCUUUUUUCUCUCCUUCCUUGAAUUUUGGAGAUGCGGUGUAUUUUCAGAACAUUACAAAAAGUUUCUCUUGAAUAAAAGGUGCUGGUGUGUUGAUGGUGGGCCUUUACAGAUUGCUAAAGCACAAAAAAUCCAUUGUGAUAGUAUUAUUCAUUCUGAAAGAAGUUGAAGAAAAUGAAGCAGAACUUAUUUUAAAAUUCUUUUGUAAAUUUUUGUUUCCCUUACUUCAAAAAUGCUAUUGAAAUGAACUAUACAGUUGUUCUUUAUUGUGUGUUAUUUUUUUUGGUGUGCACAAACUUGGCAGGUGUUAGUAUUUUGUAAUCACAUAUAUUUCAAAUUUUUUCACUUCACUUAUUUUCGAUAUGAUUUUAGUUAAUUCACAAAAAAUUGUAUGAUUCAUUUUAAACUUUUUUUUUAAACCUUUUCAAAGAAAUCUUGGUGCGUUAAUCUUCUGUACCUUUAUUCAUGAAAUGGUUGUUGUUCCUGAGAUGUCUUCAAGUUCCUAGUCUUACUUUUGUGUGACUGAUAAUUAAUAUGAAUGCUGUUUUGUUUUAUUUUGGACUUGUAGGCCAUUUGUUUCAACUGUUUGCGUGUCAUUUUUAGUGGUUUGGCUAUAUGACAGUAUGUAUUGGAUACUUGUAUAGUACGGAGAUAGAUUUCUGCAGUGCAAUGCAUGGUGAAGGUAUUGUAGUUAACAAGAGUCCAGUAAGUUUUAUAGCUCAUUCAAUUUGUUGAAGAUUUUAUUGGUGAAAAAAUGUAAUUAUAAUUGAUCAUCAAAUUCUCUGCUUUCUUUUUUUAAAAGUACUGACAUUUUAUUAUAAAUUGGAAAAGAAAUUAAUUGUAUGAAUUACAUUCUUAUUUCAUGAAAAAAUAAUUAUACAUUUUUACACGUUUAGAUUGUCCUUGUAUAGUUUUGGUGAAAACAGUGCACUGUUUGUUGGUGAAAUUAGUUGGCCAGUUUCACUCACACCAGUGAGCAAACUUCUAUUCAGUGCACCAUACACUGCACUCUGGCUAUCUACAAUGAAUCAAGGAUGAUUAAACCUGUAUUAAUAUGUGUAUUUGGUCAUUUCAAGAAAUCUGUUCAGCUUAAAUUUGGAAAAAAUAUGCAUAAUUGAUCAUGUUUUUAAUAAAAUUAUUUUUA